AUGGCAACAACAACAACUACUACUACUACAAAAACAUAUACUCGGAAUGAAGACGAAGACAGCCACGAGCUCGCGAACAUCCAAACCCAAGCAUCACAACCACCAGGGAACGUCUUUCCCGCCAUCGAACGAUGGAACCAUCCCAAGUCAAACAUCUACAAGACCCUUGCGACCUUCUGGGGCUUUCUCGUCAUGGGCGCGAACGACGCCGCCUACGGUCCACUAAUCCCCUACCUGGAACAACACUACUCCCUCACCUACACCAUCGUCUCCCUCGUCUUCCUCUCCCCGCUAGGCGGGUAUACCCUCGCCGCGCUCACAAACAACCACAUCCACCUGCGCCUCGGGCGGCGCGGCGUGGCCCUCAUCGCGCCCUCGUGCCAUCUGCUCGCGUACAUCAUCAACUGCCUGCACCCGCCGUACCCCGUUCUCGUGGUGAGUUUCGUCUUCGCGGGGUUCGGCAACGGGCUCGCGGACUCGGGGUGGAAUGCCUGGGUGGGCAACAUGGCGGACGCGAACCAGGUGCUGGGCCUGCUGCACGGGUUCUACGGGGCCGGGGCGGUGCUUGCGCCGCUGGUUGCGACGGCGCUGGUGACGAAGGCGGGCGUGGGGUGGUGGUGUUUCUAUUACAUCAUGAUCGGCUGCGCGGCCGUCGAGCUGGGGACCUCGGUUUACUGCUUCUGGGACGAUACCGGGGCGGUCUUCCGGCGGGACAUGCAGCAUUCGAGUGCGGGGGCUGGGGCCGGGGCCGGGGCCGGCCUGCGCAAGGCGCUGUUCACGAAGCGCGCGGGCCGGGUUACCUGGCUGUGUGCGGUUUUCCUGCUGUUGUAUGUUGGCGUGGAGGUUGCGCUGGGCGGGUGGAUCGUCACCUUUAUGAUGCGCGUGCGGCACGGGGAGCCCUUUGCGAGUGGGAUGGCGGCGACGGGGUUCUGGUUGGGGAUUACGGUUGGCCGGGUGGUGCUGGGGUUUGUUACUCCGAGGGUGGGGGAGAAACUGGCCAUUUCUGUGUGUCUUCUUGCCUUCAUCUAUCUCGUCUCCGCCAUUGCCUUUGGUCUCAUCCUCUGGCUUGUUCCGAACUUCUAUGUUUCCACCGUGGCCGUCUCGAUCCAGGGCUUCUUCCUCGGUCCGCUGUUCCCUGCUGUCGUGGUCGUGGCGACCAAGUUGCUGCCGCGGAGUUUGCACGUCAGUGCGAUUGGCUUCGCGGCGGCGUUUGGAGGGGGAGGCGCCGCGGUGCUGCCGUUUGCUGUUGGGGCGAUUGCGCAGGCCAAGGGGGUCAAGGUGUUGCAGCCGUUUGCGAUUGGCUUGCUGGGUGGGAUCUUGGGGUUGUGGAUGGGGUUGCCGGGGAUUCCUGCCGAGCAUGAGAAUUGA